AUGACUGAAAAAAUUAUAUGCUUUAUGCCUUCAUGCAAAGGUCAAGUAAAAUUUUCUUGUAGCUGCACAGCUCCAGAAACAAUGAUGUGCAAAGACCAUAAAAGUAGCCAUCUAAAAGCCAGCAAUUUACACAAGAUACAAAGUUUUUCAGUAGGAAAAGAAAAAAUUCUCAAAUGCUUACUCCCCCCCUCCGUGAGUGAAAAAAAAAAUUUUGUUCACUCACGGAGGGGGUUAAAUUUUUUUUUUUUUAAAAAAUUUAUAUAUAUAAAUUUUAUAAAAAAUAUUUUUUUUCGAAAUUUAAAAAAAUCCUAAUUCGCAAAAAUUGGAAAGCAAAUUUAAUUUAAUUUAUAAAAUUUAUUUUUAAAAAGCAAUUCGUUUAAAAUUAAACAGAAUUAGCUCUAGAUUUCAUUAUUCUAAUUACCAUUUAUAUAUCAAUUUUUUUUUCCAUAAACAAUUUUUGUUCACUCACGGAGGGUGGGUUUUUGGGCAAAAAAUAGCGAUUUUUCUAAUGGUUUUGUUCACUCACGGAGGGGGGGGAGUUAAAUAAAGAGAAAUCAUUAAUGAUAGAAAUGAAAAAUAGUUUGAGAUUAUAUUAUUAAUUACUUACAUCAACUAUGGGCCGCCUUCAUCCACUAUUUCGCUUUCUUUGCAUGAAAGGUCUGGUAGGCUGCCAGGCCAGCCUGCUUUGAUUGCAAUUGCAGCACACUUGAGAAAGAUGCUACCUCUUCAAUGGAUAAUAGAUUGCUACUUUCUUCACCAUUGUUUGCACAGAAAAUUCAAAAAAAGAUUCUCUGCUAUCUUUGGGUAAAACUGAUAAACUUGAAGACCAGGAUGUAUCUCCUGGCCUCACACUGGAGAAGUCCGAUUGGCAUAAGCAUCGCCUGUAUGCUCAUCUGAGCUUCCCUUUCCCAUGGGAUAAAUCCAACUCUCAGGCCCCACACAAUGUUGGAAUUGCUUACCUAGCAUAGCUGUCCAUUACUGGGUUGGCAAAUUUACCAGACAUCAUUAAAAAUGUGCUUUGAGAGUUCAUAGUCGGGAGGCCCAGGCUGAGAAGCCAUAUUUAAUUAUGAAACUACUUUGACAAAAAGUCUUAAAGAGUCCCCACAAGACAUGCUCCGAACAAAAUUAGGUCAGUUGGAAGCAAGUAUAAAUCGAAUUGACGAAAUAAUUUCAGAUUUUGAUAAAGGAGAAAUCUACAUAGAAAAUAAACCUUCAGCAAGAGAAAUCAUUAAAACAGAAGUAAACGAAAAUAAAGAUUACUUGGCGAAUUUAAUUAUGAAAGAAAAAACCUCCCAAAUUCGCAAGUAUAUUCAAAAGCAUUCAUCUUCAAUUAUAAAUGACCCUAAUCAGCACAGUCAAGCUCGAUCUGAACUUCUUGAGAUUUCUACUUUCGACCAAUAUGACAGAUAUAUAUUUUCAAAAAUUAAUUCAAAUACCAUCAUUUAUUUAUCAUAUACAAAUUUUGCCAAUAAAUGUGAAAAAAUUCAAUUAUUAUUAGACAAGUUACUCCUAAAAAUUCAUAAUCGUAGAUAUCAUGAUCUUCUUACAAUAGAUUUCAACUAUCUUUAUAAUGCUACAGAAACUAUGAAUGGAACAGAGCUUUAUAUUUAUGAUAUAGGUUCUGAUAUAAUAACAACUACAAUAUUAAUAAAAAUUAGAUCCUAUGAUAAGCCAGUGUUAGAAAGAGUAACAAACCUUAUCAAAAUUUCAAACUCAAGCUUACUCAUAAUAGGGCCUCUUAAAGACUGCUACAACGUGCUAUUGAUGGAUUUAAAGACUAAACUGACCAGAGAGCUGAUUAGUUUUGCUAACCAAAACAGAUUGUACGGUAGAAGUGGUAGAUUUAUUUUUUAUGAAAAUUGCUUGUAUCAGUUUGGAGACCUCUGGAGUCCUGGCUGCAUGAAAUAUGACAUAGUCAGAAAGAGAUGAUCCAGUCUAACUUUUCCACCAUUAAAUAAUAAAUUAUCUCUAGCCCUUUAUAAGAGCUGUAUCCUAGUGUCUGAUUAUCAAAGCUCUAGCCUGUAUUUAUAUGAUCUUAUUAUUGAGAAUUAUUCAGUAAUUGACUACUUUGAAAAUAUACCAGCACAGAAAUUUAUUUUUACUGAUAAUGUAAGGGUUUUUCUGUGAAUGCAGAACAGCUUCAUUUAAGAAACAUUUAAAAAUGGAGCAGGCUGAAAUGCCCUGCUCCGGGUUUUUCCCCAGUUUGGGUGGUCUUACAAGUCGCCUGGGAAAAGAUUUAGGUCGCACUGGUGCCAAGGACUUUCCCAGGAGUUUUUUCUGCUUCGGCUUUUUCUCCUGGCUGCGUGGCAGAGAUGACUUUAGACCUCGUGAACAGAAGGUCGUUGGGAACAACAAAAGCCUACUCUUGUAGGAGAACAGGUAGUGAAAUCCUGAAAAGGAGAGUAAAGAAUAAUCAAAUCUCCCCUGGAAGAGUUGUCGGAAGAAAAUCUCUGGAACUUCACCGGCGUGGUGACGGACCCACUACGUCACCAUUUUUAGUGGCCAAUAUGGUGGAUCAUUUGGCUCUUAAACUAACUAAUCCUAAUACACUUUACCUUAGCUUCAUUUAUGAAAGUGAAGAAAAUAACCUAUUUAAAUGAAAUAUCAUUGGUAAUAGUGAUUUUGGAAUUAGUGAAACACCUUGUGAAAUCACAUUUACUAACUAUAUGGGGAAUAUUUAUGCAAGCUUUGCUGCAAGAUCACAAAUGUUUUGAUAUAAAUUUAAUAUGGCAAAAAAAGAAAUGGAGUUAAUUCGCAAAGAAAUAUUGUAG